GCAGUGAGCACACAUCCAUCCCCAGGCGUUGGUGUGCCCCUGAUGCUCACCUACGUGUACGGGACCGUGRUGCUGUCUCUGUGCCGGAGCCGCUGGGGCUGCAGGGGCGGCCGCACGCCCGGAGAGCUCGGCGUGGUGGAACUGGACAACCUGGCCAAACUGAACGAGCUGUGGUCAGUGCUGCCCAGCCCCAGGACAGGUGAGGAUGGAGCUCCAGACCCUGCAGCCUCUCUGGGCAGCAGCAGCCGCAGCCCUCGGCCGAAGUGGCCGCAGCAGGACAGUCACUCAGCCAGCACGGUGGCCCUGGCAGGGAGCAUGCUGAGCGAGGGCCAGGACGUGUCUGACAGGGAAGSUGUCACCAUCGAGGUGGAGGUGGCGGUGGAAGCGGUGCCACGUCCUGUCCGGCAGCAGAGCCUCAGCAGUGCCCUGUCCGGGCAGAGCCUCUCUGGGGACUCCCUGGGAGCUCCCAGUGACAGGGGCAGCUCCUCGGGUGUCCCUGUGGAGUGAUGGUGGCUGAGGGUGASAGAUCCACACACAGAAUCUACCACUCUCCUGUGUAGAGCCAGACCCCUCUGCCAGCACCUGCAGCCCCAGGAGGGUCCUGGKKGGUGCCAACUGCACCCAGCACUGCYSCACCCUGCCCCAGCCCUGUCCAUCCCUGUUCCAGGGGCACCACUAGGAAAUAAAGCUGCUUUCUGAGGGUCCCUCUGUCUCCUGUKGCAAAACUCCCCUGACAG